UCGUCGCCUUCCUUUCGGCACAUCGGCCAGGUGUCCCGCACACAUUCUAUCCCUCAGGUGUAUUUAAGAAGUGCGGGGCUCCACCACGAGAACAUUCCCCGCAGUGGUGUCUUGUGCCCCGCUUUCUCCUUGCUUGACCAUCGUUUAUCCCUUCACGUGCUUCAUCAUGCCGCCCUUCAAUCGCGAGGAGUACGAGUACAAGGACUAUCUUCCCACCUACCCCAAGAUCGACUACGAGCCCCAUGUCGAGCUCAAGCAUGACGAUCGCGGGCACUACGCCGACCUGGAGAUGAAAGCUCUCCUCGGCGCUGCGACAAAGGUCGACGAUCUGUGCGCUUGCAUCGGCACCCAGCUGGAUGGGAUCGACCUCCGCCAGCUCACGGACAAGCAGAAGGACGAGUUGGCCCUGCUCACGGCCAAGCGCGGUGUCGUCGUCUUCAAGAACCAGGCGGCGACGAUCUACGACCUGCUCGACAUCGCACGGCAUUACGGGCCCCUGCACGUCCACUCCACCACGGGCGUGCCCACCGCCCGCAAGCUGGAGGGCGUCCACGUCGUCUGGUCAGACGGAACCAAGGACUUUGACCGCAUCGAGAUGGAACGCCUGAAGUCUUGGCACACCGACCAGCCCUACGAGAUCAACCCCCCUGGUCUGACCUCGCUCAAGGUCAUCACCGACCCUCCCGCAGGAGGGGAUACCAUCUGGUCUUCUUCCGCAGCGGUGUUCGCCUCCUUCUCUCCCCAGUUCCAGCGCUAUCUCGAGUCCCUCUACGCGCUCCAGAGCUCUGAGCACCAGAAGCUCCGCGCGCUCGCCGCCGGCACGUACAUCCGCCGCCCGCAGACCGACUUUGUCCACCCCGUUGUGCGCGUCCACCCCGUGACGGGGAUAAAGGCGCUGUACGUGAACCCGUCGUACACGCACAGGAUUGUCGGAAUCCCCAAGGCCGAGUCGGACUUCGUGCUCAAGUUUAUCUACCAGCAGAUCCUCGAGUGUGAGGACUUCAAGGUCCGUAUCCGCUGGAGCAAGGACCAGGUCGUGUUCUGGGACAACCGCGUCCUCUGGCACACGGCGACCUACGACUACUACCCGUACAAGCGCCAUGCUCUGCGUGCGACUCCCGUUGCCGAGCGCCCGGAGAGCGUCGCGGAUUACGAGAAGAGGACGGGUCAGAAAGCCAAGAACUGGUACGAGGAGAAGAUGAAGGCUAUCGGAGAAGAUAUUUCUGUGCCAAAGCCUGUGUUCAAGCCUGCCGGUGCCGACUAAGAACUGGCACUUCUUUAAGUAACCGAAUCGGUACUUGUUUGUAGUUCUCGCUCGAUGUAGGAAUAGACACACGACGUGGUUGACGCGUAAAAGACAUAUAAG